CUGCCGAUCACCUCGACAUCUGUUUGACCGCGAGGCGUGCUGACCUUCGAACCAGCUCGUCAUGUCGGCGCAAAGCUCACCAAGAGUGCACAUGCACGAAGUCAUUCCUGGGCUCUUCAUUGGCGAUCUGGCGUCCUCGCAGAACUUCCCGCUCCUGCGAGAGCACGGCAUACACAACAUCAUCUCUGCCAUGAAGCAGAGAUAUGUCGUGCCAGAGGAUUUUGCGAUCACUCGCAUAGCCGUAGACGACAACAACUCGACAGACAUGAUCAGUCAUUUCAAACGCUCCAACGAGAUCAUCAGGCACUCGCUCAAUCAAGGUCACGGCAUCCUCGUGCACUGUCAGGCGGGCGUCUCGCGUAGCACGACACUGGUCGCUGCAUUCCUCAUGUCAGAAUUCGAUCUCGAAGUGGAAGAAGCAAUCGCGAGGAUACAGAGCGUACGGACGAUCGUAGAGCCAACAGAAUUCUUCAUGGGCCAGUUGGAGCUGUACGAGCGAUGUGAAUGUGAUGCCGAUCCUGCCAAGUAUGCAGAGCUUCGAAGGUUCCUCAUGCACGGCAACGUUGGCGAGAUCACCAACGGCGAUGGCGUGCCAGACAAGCUCUAUCUGGCUUAUUUUCCCUCUCCUGCCCCCUCGCCCCGACCGCGAUCGGGCUCAGAUCCGUUUCAUGAUCUCAGGAUGACAUCGAUCUCUUCCGUCGAGGGAGAUGACCAACCCAUCUCUCGCAAAGGCAGCAUCACUCCCCAGGAAAUGUCAGCGCAACGUACAGAGUUUCUCACCUCGAUGCGAAUGCGACGCGCCAGCAGUAGGAGCAGUCGGGGCAGCAAAGGACGCGAGGCAGAUCAGGCUGCACGUGCGGAAGUGCGGCAGAUGGCUGCCAAUGCCGCUAGUGCACCCAUCGCAGAUGCACCACCUCCACGCAGAACGUUUCGCUCAAAGCCGACAGCGCUGACGCCUGCGCAGCCUGCUGUGCCAGCGCCGAAACCGCCCGUGAGCAACGUCGUCAAUGUCGGACAGGAUCGUAGCUACAUCUCAGGACGAAGGCUGCGAUGUAGGAUGUGCAGGCGAGAACUGGCAUCGCGCGAAUUUAUCUUGACGCAUGAGCCCGGCGUCGGGCAGCAAGCGUUUGCGCCCCAUAGACGAGAUAUGACUGCAUAUCGAGCACAACUAGAAGAACUCAAGCUCAAGGAGAAACAACGGCUCGAAGUGGAGCAGCGCCAAAGACAGCAGAGGCAGCAGCCCGACGGCCAAGCAGAUGACUCUGAUUCGAUCCAAAGCACGGCAGCAGACGGCGCGCCCAAGCGGUUGGCAGAUCGCUUGCCAGCCAACCUGGCCAAUCUCCGCGUCUCCUUACCUCCCGUGUUUGAUCCCACACCGCCAGGCUCUAGCGAAGGCUCGCCGGUCAUCGAGACGCCUUCCUCCCCUCCGUUGCUGCAGUCAUCAAGCUGUUCAGCCUACUUUGUCGAGCCGCUCUCCUGGAUGUCGAGCACGCUCGAAGGAGGUAGUCUGGGCGGGAAGCUCGCGUGCCCGAACGCGAGGUGCAAUGCUAAACUGGGCUCGUUCGACUGGUCGGGAGCUCAGUGCGGUUGCGGUGCCUGGGUGGUACCUGGUUUUGCACUCCAAAAGGCAAAGGUAGACGAAGUGAGAGCGUAGCCAUACGUGAUGUAGAGUCUUUGCAGGGUGUGUGAUGACGCGCA